GACGACCAGUUCUAACGUGCCACGCCGUUGCUGCGCAGUUGUUGCGCCGCUGCGCGCGAUGUGAGCGCAUGCGGGAACUCACCUUGGCAGUUUUGAUCCCUGUUGUGCACUAAGAGAAGUGGAUGUGACGAUGAGAUUGCAGAAGGGGAUGUUUGUCCCUUUGAGGAGGUCGUUUUGCCGCACAGCGCGUAUCUGCUUUCUGACCUCCUCCCCGCUCUCUCGACAUGGUGAAUGGUAUUGCUAUUGAAAUGAAGAAUACUCGGAAUGCACAGGAUGGACGAGAUUGAGGAACAAGAAGAACGAGUGAAAAUUAUGAGAAGGGAAGAGAACAACGCGGGGCUACGGGCAGGAGGGGAUGCGAGCGGAGGAGCGUGAUGGUCCUUCAGCGCAUCAGGAAAGUUAUGUACAACUGUCUACCUCUCUCUCCCUCCUUUUUUGUUCUCUUGUUCCGUAAGACGUUGACGCCUUUGUUUUGUUGUUCCGUGAGACGUUGACGGAUGUUCAUGCCCAAUCGAUUACAAGGCCUUGCCGCACCAAUCACCAAACGUGCAAAAUGAGACUGAAUCUCCUGCAAGGACAGGGAACAGGGAAAGAUACACUGCCGUAUUUAGUCUGUUGUGCAAUUGCUGAGUAUGUGCGGCGAGGCCCAAGAGCACCGGGUCGCAGACUGAUGGUUGUCCUAUUGCCGAGGGCUUUUGCCGGCGGCACAUCCUGCGUAGCAGAGGAAUCAUGCAUUGGAUGGUUCAUUUCCUUCUGCAUACCUUUGCGCGCAUUGUCAUUAGUGACGAAGAACAAGGCAGAAGUGUCUGGGAUGCUCGCUCGGGUCAUUCUUCGUAGAAAGGUUCUAAUGGAUGUGGCUUCUUUUCCUGUUUGCUGUGGUGCUUGUAUGCGCGUGAUGUCUUCGUGUGGGACCAUUCUGAGGUGGAAUCAAGUAUCUGGGACUGGCUCCAGGGAGCAUGGGACCGGUUUGAACUACCAAGGUGCAAAGCCUUCACCAUGGACUACCCUAUGAAGGAGGUGCGGUUGCAACAAUGGCAGGUCUCUUCUCCCUUGAACUUAAGAUUUUUCGGGACACGCUGUGGCCACUUCUGAAAUGCUGGUGCUGCUCUCUGCGACCUCCGACUUCUUCUUGGUUUUCCUGCUCUCCUCUUGCUUCACGUGUGUUACUGAAAUCAUUCACCGCAGGUAGUUGUAGAUGGGCGAGUGUCGGUUUCCAGACGGUCGACUCUCUUCUGUCCGAGAAGAGAUGGAGCUUUCUCACUCUGGCGCACAUUGUUCGAGACGUUCCCACUCUGGCGCACAUUGUUCGAGAUGUGCCACUGCCACUGUACACAAACGGUCUUCUGCUUCUGCCGCCGAAUCCUUACUUUCCCAUGUAUCUGCUUUUGAUAUUUCCAUUCGUCCCAUGUGCCGUAAAGUUCAAGCCCAGUGGAUGUCGGUCCUGAUUGAUGACCUGAUCCGGUGUGGUUCAUUGCCUGAUCCGGUGUGGUUCGUUGCUGAAAAUACCUGCUCUGGCUCAUCUUUCAAGACCUGCUUCUGCUUUCGGUUCAUGGCAGGCCUUUUUUGCAGGCCUUUUUCGCAUUCGAUGUCAUAUCUUUCCAUUGUCUUUAAGUUUGUAAACGUGCACUGGACAGA